GAGAAGUCAUUUCCGUGGAGAUCAUCAGAUCCUCCGACCAGCAGUGCAAACAAAGCCCGAGUGUCCGAGGGUGCUCACACCAAUGCCUAUGACGUUAGGACAGAGCCAGAGCAAGGGAACCUCUACUCGCCAGAGCAGACGUCUCUCCAUGAAAGGUCUGUAGGUAACUCAAGGAGUUCAACACAGAUGAAUUCCUACUCUGACAGUGGUUACCAGGAAGUAAGCAGUUUCCCGAACAGCCAGAACUUGAGCAAAGCAGAAGCCAGGCAGCAGCAUUCCCUUACCGGAACCGCUAACAACCAUCUGGUGAGGAGCUCGCGAGCGGAAGGGCAGACGUCGGUCCAGCCUUCGGUAAAUAUCGCCAGCAACCGAGUCAUGAGGCGUGUCAGUUCAGUCCCAUCCAGAGCCCAGUCUCCCUCCUACAUGGUCAGCACGGGUGUUUCCCCUUCCCGGGGGUCGCUGCGAACGUCUCUGGGCAGCGGGUAUGGUUCCCCAUCGGUUACUGAGCAGAGAUCCCUUGCUUCUCACACGUACUCAUCCACUACUCUGCCCGCGCAGCGGGCGGCAUCCCCCUAUGCUGCGCAGAGACCUGCCUCCCCAACGGCUGUGCGGCGUGUCGGCUCGGUUACGUCCAGACAGACGGCAAAUCCCAACGGUGGGACUUCCCAAUACCAAACCUCGGCCAGAGUUGGCUCUCCUCUUGCCCUUACUGAUGUGCAAACCCGAGUAGGUUCUCCAUCCCAGACUCAGCUGGGAUCUUCUUCUCCGAAGCGCUCUGGCAUGACUGCGGUUCCGCAGCAUUUGGGGACGACGCUGCAGAGAACAAUUCAUGACGUUGAACAAUACGGACAGCAGUACGACAUCUAUGAGAGAAUGGUCCCCCCGCGGCCAGACAGCCUUACAGGCCUGCGGAGUUCAUACGCCAGUCAGCACAGUCAGCUAGGACAAGAGCUGCGGUCAGCCGUGUCUCCUGAGCUGCACAUCACCCCCAUCUACGAGGGCAGAACGUACUACAGUCCCGUGUACCGCAGCCCAAACCACGGAACGGUUGAGCUGCACCAGGGAUCCCAGUCAGCCCUGUACCGAACAGGGUCAGGGGUCGGAAAUCUGCAGAGAUCAUCCAGUCAGCGUAGCACACUCACAUACCAAAGAAAUAAUUACACUCUGAACACAACAGCUACCUAUGCGGAACCCUAUAGGUCAGUGCAGUAUCGCCUCUCAGAGUCCAGUUACAACAGGCUGCAGCACGCGACGCCCGCCGACGAUGGGACCACGCGCUCUCCGUCCAUAGACAGCAUCCAGAAGGACCCCAGGGAGUUUGCCUGGCGGGACCCAGAGCUGCCCGAAGUCAUCCACAUGCUGCAACACCAGUUCCCGUCGGUGCAGGCGAACGCAGCUGCCUACCUUCAGCACCUCUGCUUCGGCGACAACAAAGUGAAAACGGAGGUGUGCAGGCUGGGAGGCAUCAAGCACCUGGUUGAUCUCUUGGAUCACCGAGUCCUGGAAGUCCAGAAGAACGCCUGCGGCGCACUGAGAAACCUCGUUUACGGGAAGUCAACGGACGAGAACAAGAUAGCGAUGAAGAACGUUGGUGGGAUACCUGCCCUGUUACGACUGCUGCGGAAGUCUGUCGAUGCCGAGAUAAAAGAGCUCGUAACAGGGGUUCUCUGGAACUUGUCUUCAUGCGACGCAGUCAAGAUGACAAUCAUCAGAGACGCUCUGUCCACGCUGACGAGCGCUGUCAUCGUGCCACAUUCUGGGUGGAACAGCUCUUCCUUCGACGAUGAUCACAAGAUCAAGUUUCAGACGUCCCUGGUUCUGCGCAAUACUACCGGGUGCCUGAGGAAUCUCAGCUCCGCGGGCGAAGAAGCUCGGAAGCAGAUGAGGUCCUGCGAGGGACUGGUGGACUCCCUGCUCUAUGUCAUCCACACAUGCGUGAACACGUCCGAUUAUGACAGCAAGACGGUGGAAAAUUGCGUGUGUACCCUGAGAAACCUGUCCUACCGUUUGGAGCUGGAGGUGCCGCAGGCGCGCCUGCUGGGCAUCAACGAACUGGAUGACUUGUUAGGAAAGGAAUCACCUGGCAAGGACUCCGAGCCGAGCUGCUGGGGGAAGAAGAAGAAGAAGAAAAAAAAAACUUCACAGGAGGAUCAGUGGGAUGGAGUUGGCCCCAUACCAGGAUUUUCCAAGUCUCCUAAAGGGGUGGAAAUGCUUUGGCACCCGUCCGUGGUGAAGCCGUACCUGACGCUCCUCGCAGAAAGCUCCAAUCCAGCUACUCUAGAGGGCUCUGCAGGAUCUCUCCAGAACCUUUCCGCUGGCAACUGGAAGUUCGCAGCCUACAUCCGAGCUGCCGUCAGGAAGGAGAAAGGACUGCCGAUCCUUGUGGAGCUGCUGAGAAUGGACAACGACAGGGUGGUUUCGUCCGUGGCGACAGCCCUGCGGAACAUGGCCUUGGACGUUCGUAACAAGGAGCUUAUCGGUAAAUACGCCAUGCGGGAUCUGGUUAACCGGCUUCCCGGGGGCAACGGCCCCAGCAUACUGUCGGAUGAGACCGUAGCAGCGAUCUGCUGCGCUCUGCACGAGGUCACCAGCAAAAACAUGGAGAACGCCAAGGCCCUCGCGGACACCGGCGGAAUAGAGAAGCUGGUGAACAUAACCAAAGGGAGAGGCGACAGAUCAUCGCUGAAAGUCGUCAAGGCAGCCGCCCAGGUGCUGAACACGCUCUGGCAAUACCGGGAUCUCCGCAGCAUUUACAAAAAGGAUGGAUGGAAUCAAAGUCACUUUAUUACACCAGUGUCCACACUAGAGCGGGAGAGGUUCAAGUCGCAUCCCUCUUUGUCCACAGCCAAUCAGCAGAUGUCACCGGUCAUACAGUCAGUUGGCAGCACGUCCUCAUCACCGGCUUUGUUGGGAAUUAGAGAACCCCGCUCGGAGUACGACCGAACCCAGCCUUCUAUGCAGUAUUACAGUAACCAGGGCGACGUCAUCGCACACAAAGACAUGUACACCGGUUCCAGCAAACCUUCACCGAUUUACAUCAGUUCCUAUUCCUCACCAGCAAGAGAACAGAACAGACGACUGCAGCAUCAGCAGUUGUACUACAGCCAAGAAGAUACCAACAGAAAAAACUACGAUGCCUACAGACUGUACUUGCAGUCCCCGCAUAGCUACGAAGACCCGUAUUUCGAUGACCGAGUUCACUUUCCUGCUGCCUCCGACUACGCAGCGCAGUACGGACUGAAAUCAGCCACAAAUUACGUAGACUUUUAUUCCACCAGACGAUCUUCGUACAGAGCAGAACAGUACCCGGGGUCCCCCGACUCCUGGGUGUAGCAUCAGAGAA